UGUGGUUGUGAGUGUUUGUGCGUUCCUUGGCGGCGAGGGCUGAGUCUGACAUUUGGAACGUAGAGAGCAGAAGGAAUUGGGCUUCAACAGAAAGGCUACCAUCAAAAAUCAUCAUGUUGGUUCUUCUAGCCGGAAUCUUCCUCCUUCACCUCACCAGCAUCAUCCUCCUCCUAGUGGCAACUAUCGACAAUGCCUGGUGGAUGACAAAAACGGUGUCCACUGAUGUGUGGGCCAGGUGGAUACUGACCAAUGGAACCUGGAGCUCCAACGAUCUCCCCGGCCAGUACCCUCAAGAAUACCUCCAGGCAGUGCAGGCUAGCUCCAUUCUGGCCUGCAUAUUCUCUUCCCUUGGCCUGUUUGUGUUUGUGGGACAGCUCUUCACUCUGUCAAAGGGACAGAGAUUCACCUUCUCUGGCAUCUUCCAGCUCCUAGCCUGCCUGUGCAUCAUGAUCGCUGCCUCCAUCUACACAGACAUCUUUCACAAGAAUGAAUCGGAUGGUUGGUAUGGCCACUCCUUCAUUCUGGCCUGGAUCUCCUUUGCGUUCACCUUCAUCUCCAGUAUAAUCUACUUUGUCCUGCGAAAGAAGACCGCAAACUAGAAGCAGAAGACUAGCCCAAACCCAAGGGACAGGCUCAAUAUCUUACGAUCUGAUUGUUUUUUGUACAAUUAGGUAUGGAUAUGAGUGUGGGAUACAAAAGGGGAGAGUUAUCCACAGAUUUCUGGCUUGAAUUUUGAUUCAUGUAUCUCUUUUGGUUCCCUGAAGUGUGUCUAAACAUAUUGUAAUAACUUACCUGUCCUGCCCACAGUUAUAACUUACCUGUCCUGCCCACAGUUAUAACUUACCUGUUCUGCCCACAGUUAUAACUUACCUGUCAUGCCCACAGUUAUAACUUACCUGUCCUGCCCACAGUUAUAACUUACCUGUCCUGCCCACAUAGUAAUAACCUACCUGUCCUGCCCACAUAGUAAUAACCUACCUGUCCUGGCCACAUAGUAAUAACCUACCUGUCCUGGCCACAUAGUAAUAACCUACCUGUCCUGCCAACAUAGUAAUAACCUACCUGUCCUGCCCACAUAGUAAUAACCUACCUGUCCUGCCCACAUAGUAAUAACCUACCUGUCCUGCCCACAUAUUAAUAACAUACCUGUCCUGCCCACAUAGUAAUAACCUACCUGUCCUGGCCACAUAGUAAUAACCUACCUGUCCUGCCAACAUAGUAAUAACCUACCUGUCCUGGCCACAUAGUAAUAACCUACCUGUCCUGCCCACAAGUCCAUGUUUAGUUUUCAAUAUAAAGUGGGACAACAUUUUCAAAGUGAAUGAAACUUUUACAUCCCUCAUAUUUGUUGAAGGUAUAGGGGAGUCAGAGAGUAUAGACUGACAGUAUCUCAUUAUUUCAGAAUCAUAGUCCUGAACUAUUCUUGCUUACAUUUGAUUUAUUUCUCAAUUAGGCUCAUAAUAAAACAAGGCCAAAACUCUCAAAACCAGAAGAAUGAAUUGACUAGUGCCGCAAACAGAAUCCAAUUUGAGAAACUGUCAACGAUCAUUACCCCAUUUGACUUACAGCCCUACUGUAGUGUGCUGAAUAAGACAAAAAUAUGAUGUAUUUGCCAAUGUCCAUACAUUGAAUGGAACAUUAGUACUAACCUCACUGCUAAAUGGACCACUCCCCUUUUUAGUUAUGUCAUUAUUUUUGCCAAUUAUUUUAUGCUUUGUACCAUUAGUCUUAUUGUGUAGGUUAACUUCCGUCUGUCUGAAUCAACCCCCCCCCCCCAGACACACCCAUGGACUGACAGACAGACAGACGGAUAGAUCUUGAGUGCCUUGAAAUCUGACAGAGCACAUUUGCUCGUUGCACAUUGAGAUAUGUGUAAAUAUGAACAUGUUUGGUUACACAUUGUGCUUUGUAUGUCUAAUGCAAUUUUAUUUUUGUUACUAUUAUCAGUAUGAUAAUAAUUUGUAUUAAAACCUGAUUUAAAUCUCA